AUGUGGCAGCUAAAGUGCGUUAUGUGGGCCGUAAUGGUGCUCCAAUUAAACGCUGCAAGUGCGGACUUUGGCUACUCCUACCAACCGCCGCACAAUCAAAUUGCCGCUUUACCACAGGAAAAUGGUUAUAAUACUGGCUACUAUUAUCCACCUCCUACCGAACAAGCGCCCGCGCAAAAUUUCAGCGGUUAUUUUUAUCCACGCCCACCUGCCCGCAUACCCGCCAUACCCGCCGAAAGUCAAGCUGACAGCACUGAGCCUAGUGGCACACCCCCACCCGGUGUAAUGGGUGACUUCAUCGAUGACAUUAUAAAUGAGCAGAAAGAGCAAAUACUCUCUUCGGUGUUGGGCAGUAGCGACCUUGAGGAUGGUGAAUACACAGAUGAUGACUCAAGCAACUUGCGUUUCAAAAAAUGCGCUGAUUGCUCUUGCGGCGUGCCAAAUGAAAAUCGCAUCGUUGGUGGGACUAUCGUGCAAACCAAUAAACUCCCCUGGACCGCACAAAUACUUACGAAUGGGUUUACCUACUGCGGUGGCUCACUGAUAAAUGAUCGCUAUGUACUCACGGCUGCUCAUUGCGUUAAAGGACAAAAAGUCAUGACGACUACUGUGAGACUUUUGCAGGUAAAUCGGUCCACGAAGAACAUGGGCAUAAUGAGAAGCGCCGUCUCAUUUGCUAUACAUAAAAAGUACAAUACAAAUACUUUGAUCAACGAUAUAGCUUUGAUUGAGCUGAAUAAGCCAGUUCCGUUAAAGGAUCCCAUUCGACCGGUGUGUUUGCCUAGUUCGGCAGCACAUAAUUUUGACUUCAAAGAGGCUAUCGUUGCUGGCUGGGGUCUAACCACUCAGGAUGGCAGUGUCUCGAGUAUUUUGCGUGAGGUCACAGUACCGAUUAUCACGAAUGCUCAAUGCCGUGCUACUUCGUAUAAGACGAUGAUUAAGGCUACGAUGUUAUGUGCCGGUCAUGUCGGCGAAGGUGGCAAGGAUGCUUGUCAGGGUGACAGUGGUGGUCCACUGAUUGUACGUGAUGGCAUUUUCCGGCUGGCUGGUGUUGUUUCCUUCGGUUAUGGCUGCGCUCGACCAAAUGCACCGGGUAUUUAUACGCGUGUCAGUCGCUACUUGGAAUGGAUCUCGGCAAAUACGAGAAAUGCCUGUUAUUGUUCGAAAUAA